GGAGAAAUCAAAAUAAUUUAAGUGUAAAAAUCUUUGAAAUUUUUUGAUAUGCAUACUUAUUUUAAUUAAUUAAUUAUUAUAUAUAGAUCAAUAGACUGACAGAAAGCAAGAGUGAAUGGAAAUCCCAAUGGAGAUUGGGCAACCCGAACCGGAGAAUGUGGUUGAUGCCCACCCAACUCCCCCACCACUUCGAGAACCAAAGCACAGGCAACGUCGUUUGGCCGUCGAGAGACACGCCAAAGUCGAUGGUCGCAAUAGACGGAUCCGGGUACCCGCCACCUGCUGCACUGGCCUAUUCCGCCUCACCCGUGAACUAGGUUACCGUUCCGACGGUGAGACCAUUCAGUGGCUCCUUUCCCAGGUUCGUCCCGAGCUUAUCGUCCCCAAACCGAACCGGAACGGCCGGGACGGACCAGAUCCUUCUCCCGAGCUUGAUGGCAUGCCCGACGUGGCUGAUCAGGACCCUGUAAGUCUCCUCCCUCAGGAUGGCACUGGCGGCCGUAGGCCUAUUGUGAGGGCAACUGUGGUUCAGGCCUCGACGGCGUUCUUCGAUACUCCGGCGACAAUAGAUAAAGCUGAGAGAUUGGUUGCUGGUGCUGCUGCAUAUGGAUCACAAUUAGUUGUGUUUCCAGAAGCAUUUGUUGGUGGUUAUCCACACAAUCUGAUUGUUGGUGAUGUAACAUCAAUCAAUGCAGCUGAGAAGAAUGAGAAGUUCAUGAAGUAUCUUGCCUCAGCAAUUGAUGUGCCAGGUCCUGAAGUUGACAGACUUGCAAAAAUUGCUGGUACCUAUAAAGUCCACUUGGUGAUAGGUGUUGUAGAGAGAUCUGGACUUUAUCUCUUCAGUACAGUUCUAUAUUUUGAUUCCCUGGGGCAGUUUCUUGGGAAACAUCGUAAGCUGAUACCAUUGGCAUCAGACUGUGCAGUGUGGUGUUCUGGAGAGAAAUCCGCCUUGCCUGUAUAUGAGGCUCCAUUUGGGAGAAUCGGUGGCCUCAUCUGCUGGGACAAUAAAAUCCCACUUUUGAGAACUGAAUUAUAUGGUAAAGGCGUUGAAAUAUAUUGUGCUCCAACGACUGAAUCAAGGGAAAUAUGGCGGUCGUCCAUGACUCAUAUUGCCCUAGAAGGUGGCUGCUUUGUUCUAUCUGCGAACCAGUUUUGUAAAAGGAAAGACAACCCCUUGCCACCAGAUGCUAUAUCUGAAAAUUCUAAUGAUGAUAUGUUGUUAGAUCCAAUCAUAUGUGCCGGCGGUAGUAUUAUCGUUUCACCAUCGGGGACUGUCUUAGCGGGACCUAAUUACCAAGGAGAAUCCCUUAUAACGGCUGAUUUAGACCUUGGAGAGAUUGAUCAAGCUAGGCUAGAAUUCGGCAGGGAGGAGCAGACUAGGGCUCCAGGCCCUAAUGGUAUAACUAAAAACGGUUUCAAUCCUGGCAUCUUCCCAACUGCUGUGAAAACAGAAUCACUAUGAGCUGUGAUGAAUUAGCUCUGUAGAAAAAUCAGAUUCACAACACUUCCUGGUGACCUACUGAAAAUUUGUUUGGUGGUUCUGGGAUGGUGGCUCUGCAAUGCUAGCGGAAAUGUACAGCACGGAUGUUGAUGAGAAUGUACAGGCGAUUUUGAAACGAAACGUGAGGAUAGUCGUUUCUGUGUUCAAAUUUUUGGAUGGCAUGGACAAGGCUUGGUGGAUAAAUGAUUUUGGUCAUUUUGAUUUGACACAUUAAUCGGCAUAUAGCUUUUGCUGUAGUUCCAUUUGAAUUUAGCAGUGAUGUCUCAUGUUUUUGUUGAAUGAAGGAUUCAAUUUAGGUUGA